AUGGCUGCGGCACCACCCCGUCCUUUCGAUUACUUGGAGAGCUUGCCCGGGACUGUCUUUAACAAGCUCUACCAGCAGCCCUCCACUGCUCUCGCCAUUUUCAGGCGCAUGCUGCCUGACCUGGCAAAAUGUUUUGUGAUGGCGCUACUCUACCUUAAGGACCCGCUUCCAGCAGCGGAUUUGGAGGCAUGGGUCAAACCAGACAGCUUGAAGUUGCACAUUAUGACCAGCACUACGACGUCGGAUAAUGUAAAAGCAUACACCGUCACCGAUCCGUUUGCAUCCUCCCUUCGGCAGGCUCUCACCGGUGCCGAGCAAACUCAAUCGUUUGGUGUUUUGUCGCAGGUAUCUGACGAAGAAGCUGUCUCCAUUGCGCACCUGGACGAGUAUGCCAGACGGCAGUGGGAAGGAGUUCUGGGUUACAUGGUGGGGACAAGUGGACUGGGUAUGCAACGCGACGUCAAUUUGAGCAAAGGCGUGAAGGAGCUCUUGCAGGCCGGCCACCUGGUUGAGAUUAGGGAUCGUCGAGUCGAAAUUACUCAGGACGGUUUCGCUUUCGUUCUACAGGACGUCGGCACUCAAGUAUGGCAUAUCCUAGUUCUUUACGUUGAGAGCGCAGCGGCCAUCGGUAUGGACAGCGUCGAGGUUCUUUCCUUUGUGUUCUUCUUGAGCAGUUUGGAACUGGGGAAAUCGUAUGAGAAGAAGCAGUUGACAUCCAACCAACUGCGCACUCUGACCGACUUGGCCGACUUUGGUAUCGUCUACCAAGAAACUCCGGAUGCCACUCAUUUCUACCCGACGCGCCUUGCAACCACCUUGACCUCCGACUCCAGUACUCUGAGCAAUCCUCUCGCUGGCUCCCUUUCCGGACCUACGGGCACAGCCUCAAGCAAGGCCGGCUCCGGAUUCAUCAUCAUCGAAACAAAUUACCGACUCUACGCAUAUACCUCCUCACCGCUCCAGAUCUCCCUCAUUGCACUUUUCACCACGUUGAAAUAUCGCUUCCCCAAUCUGAUCACGGGUAAAAUCACCCGCCAGUCCGUCCGUCGUGCAGUCGAGAUGGGCAUUACCGCCGAUCAAAUCAUCUCUUACCUAUCGACACACGCACACCCGCAAAUGCGCAAGCACAAUGUGUCCAGGUCUACUUCUAAUCAAGCCGGAAUGCCGGUGUCCGUCCUACCGCCUACCGUCGUGGAUCAGAUUCGUCUUUGGCAGCUCGAGAGAGACCGCGUCAAAGCGACCCAUGGCUUUUUGUUCAGGGACUUCAACUCUCUGGCCGAAUAUGAGGCCCCGUGUCGAUAUGCCGAGGAAAUCGGCGUGCUGGUCUGGAAAUCCGAUCGGAAGCGGAUGUUCUUUGUCACUCGACAUCACCAGGUUGCUGCUUUCUUGAAGAGCAGGAGGAAGUAA